GUUGGAAAACGCUUUCUACGAGCACGCGCAGACUUACUAUUACACAGAAAUACGAAGAGUUAAAUCUCAUAAGGAGUUCUUGAACAAAACCACUCAUCAGCUUUUGUUUGUUAGACACCAGUUCAAAAUAGCAUUCUUCAGUGAGCUGAAACAGGAUACACAGAAUGCUCUCAAAAAUUACAGAACUGCUUAUAAUCUUGUGCAUGAAUUGAGGGCUCAUGAAACAAACAUGCUGGAAAUCAAGACCAUGGCAGGAUUUAUAAACUACAAGAUCUGUCGCCUCUGUUUUCAGCAUAAUACUCCCCUGGAUGCAAUUGCUCAGUUCCGGAAACACAUUGACUUGUGCAAGAAAAAAAUAGGAAGUGCAGAACUGGCUUUUGAGCAUGCUGCCUGGAUGUCUAAACAGUUUCAGGCUUUUGGUGACUUGUUUGAUGAAGCAAUUAAGCUGGGAUUGACAGCAAUUCAAACUCAGAAUCCAGGUUUCUAUUACCAGCAGGCAGCCUACUAUGCACAGGAACGGAAACAACUAGCAAGUGUGCUUUGUAACCAUGAUUCCUCUGUGAGCUAUCCCAAUCCGGAUCCCCUGGAAACACAAACUGGAGUGCUUGACUUCUAUGGGCAAAGACCGUGGCGGCAGGGAAUAUUAAGCUUUGAUCUUUCUGAUCCUGAAAAGGAGAAGAUGGGGAUUUUAUCCCUGCAGCUGAAAGAGAAAAAUGUCCUUCACUCGGAGCUAAUAAUCACUUUAUUGAGUAAUGCUGUUGCGCAGUUCAAGAAAUACAAAUGCCCAAGAAUGAAAAGUCAUUUGAUGGUUCAGAUGGGAGAAGAGUACUACUACGCUAAAGAUUAUGUCAAAGCUUUGAAGCUCUUGGAUUAUGUUAUGUGUGAAUAUCGCAGUGAAGGAUGGUGGACACUUCUCACCUCCAUACUGACAACAGCUCUCAAGUGUUCUUAUCUGAUGGCCCAGCUAAGAGAUUAUAUAACGUACUCUUUAGAGCUACUAGGAAGAGCAUCUACUCUUAAGGAAGAUCAGAAAUCUCGGAUAGAGAAAAAUCUGAUAAAAGUUCUAAUGAAUGAAAGCCCUGAUCCUGAACCUGAUUGUGACACAGCUGCUGUGAAAGCAUCACAAAAAUUGUGGGCUGACCGUGUUUCCUUGGCAGGCAGUAAUAUAUUUACAAUAGAAGUCCAAGAUUUUAUACCAUUUGUGCAAUGCAAAGCAAAAUUUCUUGCUCCUAGUUUUCAUGUUGAUGUUCCUGUGCAGUUUGAUGUCUACUUGAGAGCUGAUUGUCCUCAUCCUAUCAGGUUUUCUAAGCUCUGCAUUAGUUUCAAUAAUCAGGAUUACAACCAAUACUGUGUGGUAGAAGAAGCUUAUCAAAAAAGUGAUAUUCUAGAACAGUCAUCACAGGGAACAAUGUGCUUAGUCCCUGGCAAAACGAGAAAGUUCACUUUCAAAUUUGUUGCAAAAACUGAAGAUGUAGGAAAGAAAAUUGAGAUCACCUCUGUGGAUUUGGUCCUGGGAAGUGAAUCCGGCCGAUGUGUGAUUCUGAACUGGCGUGGAGGAGGUGGAGAUGCCGCUUCAUCUCAAGAAGCGCUGCAGGCAGCACGUUCCUUCAGGCGAAGACCUAAGCUUCCAGAUAAUGAAGUGCACUGGGACAGUUUGACUAUUCAGGCAAGCACUAUGAUUAUUUCUAGAGUGCCAAACAUUUCUGUACAGCUCCGUCAUGAACCUCCUGCUCUGACUAAUGAAAUGUAUUGUUUGAUUGUGACAGUCCAGUCACAUGAGGAGACAGUGGCCAAAGAUGUUAAGCUUACAGCAGGUUUAAAGCCAGGGCAAGAUGCCAACCUGACUCAGAAAACUCAGGUGACUCUUCAUGGAACAGAUGCAUGUGAUGACUCCUUUCCUGCACUACUUCCUGAUAUCCCUGUAGGAGACUUGCAACCAGGGGAAAAGCUGGAAAAACCAGUGUACAUUCGCUGUGGAACAGUCGGUGCAAGGAUGUUUCUGGUCUAUGUUUCCUACUUGAUCAACACGGUCGUCGAGGGGAAAGAAAUCCUCUGCAAGUGUCACCGGGAUGAAACUGUAACUAUAGAAACAGUAUUUCCUUUUGAUGUCGCUGUCAAAUUUGUCUCCACAAAGUUGGAGCACUUGGACAGAGUAUUUGCAGAUAUACCAUUUUUACUGAUGACAGACAUCCUGAGUGCCUCUCCUUGGCCUCUCACUAUUGUAACCAGCCAGCUACAGCUGUCAGCUUCCAUGACCCCAGUAGAUCAACUGGAAUCUUACGUGGAGAAUGUUGUUUUACAGACAGGUGAGAGUGCCAGUGAGUGCUUUUGCCUUCGAUGUCCUCCCGUUACUAAUGCCACUGGGGUGGCAACUGGAUCAUACAUCAUUUCCUGGAAGAGGAGUUCCCCUGUGGAAAGCGUGCCUGUUGUUAGUACAGUCAUCACUCUGCCACAUGUGAUUGUAGAGAGCAUUCCCCUCCACGUUAACGCAG